AUGAUGAUGAUAUUUCCUAGAUGUAUAAGCAACAGGAUAUCAUUUUAUAAAUAUCUAACUAUCCACCGACUACGUCAUACAUUUUCUUUGCGAGAUUAUCAAGAAGAAGCAAUAACCAAAAUCCUUGACGCGUCUAAACGUGGUAUUAAACGACAAGCCAUUGUUAUGGCCACGGGAGGUGGUAAAACUGUUGUUUUCAGUCAUUUAAUCCCUUUACUUCAAGGGUCCCAACAAAGGGGUAAUAAAACAUUAGUAUUGGCACAUACGCAAGAGCUCAUUACUCAAUCAAGAGAUAAAAUUUCAAGAAUAAAUCCUGAUUUAAAAGUAGGUGUUGAAAUGGGUAGGAUGAAAUCAAAUGAAGAUGAUGAUGUAAUUAUUGCUUCUGUUAAUUCUAUAUGUCGAAGAAAUCGAAUUGAAAAAUUUAAUCCUGAUGAUUUUAAAACUAUUAUUAUCGAUGAAUGUCAUCAUGCUGUUGCUAGUAGUUAUAGAAAAAUUUUAGAUUAUUUUAAAGCUGGUGAUAAAUCAACUGAUGUUAAUGUUAUUGGAUUAACAGCUACUUUACAUAGAAUGGAUGAAAUUAAAUUAGGAUUGGUAUUUGAUGAAAUUGUCUAUGAAAGAACUUUACAAGAUAUGAUUAAUAAUGGAGAAUUGUGUGAUUUUAAAGUAAGUGAUGCCCUGAUUAAGACAUUAGAUUUAACUGAAGUUAAGAAAUCAAAAGGUGAUUACGAUAGUGCCAGUUUAUAUUCAGCAUUAACUGAUGUAGAUAUAAAUGAUAAGAUCUUAUUAAGUUAUAUGAAAAUGAAAGAAGAAGGGACAUAUAAAAGUACAUUGAUAUUCUGUGUAACAAUUGAACAUUGUCAUGAAUUAUGUGGAUUAUUUCAGUCUCAAGGAAUUGAUGCUCAAUAUGUAUCGGCAAAUACUACACGAAUAGCAAGAGAAGAAAUUGUUGAAGAUUUUAAAAAUGGGAAAAUUCCAAUAUUAUGUAAUGUUGGGGUGUUUACUGAAGGUACAGAUAUUCCAAAUAUUGAUUCUAUAAUACUUGCAAGACCUACAUUAUCACAGACUUUGAAAGUACAAAUGAUAGGUAGAGGAUUAAGACAUUAUCCUGGAAAGACACAUUGUCAUGUGGUUGAUUUAGUUGGAUUGACUUCAGCUGGGCUUCAUUUAAAGCCGACAUUAACCGGAAUGGAAGCAACAGACGGAUCAAAGAAAUUCAAAGAAGGAGAGAACGAUGAAGAAACUGAACUUGAAUAUUUAGAAUCCUUACAGAGUAUUCAAGAUCGUCGAAAGCAUGUUAUUAAAAGAGUUUUAGAUUAUCAUAAACAAGGAGUAUUACGCUUUUCAACAGUAAAUGGAUUAAAAAUUUUCAAAGAAUAUUUACUGGAUAUUGAAGUUAUUAAAGACAUUUUCUUAAGAGGUCCAUAUUCUUGGGUAUUACUUAAAAAUGGGAAAAGUUCCUGGGGUUUCAAUGAAGAUAAGAAUGAGUAUCUUUGGGGUGUGAGUAUCAAUAGUAAUGAAUAUUUCUUAACUAAAAUGAUUCCCAAUGCUGCUCAACCAAAAUUUAUACUUUCACGUCAUAGUAACACCGUCACCGAUAAGGAAGGGAGUAGUAGUGAAAUCGAAAGCGUAAUCAUUACAGAAGGUGUACACAAACUUCUUGAUACAUUCAAGGAAAAUUAUCCUAAACAACAUCAAUUAGCUAAAAAAUCCAAUAGUUUUGCAAGAAGAGCAACUAAGAGACAAGUUGAAUACAUAAUGGCUACCUUAAAUGAAAAGAUAAUAAGAGAAUGUGCCGUGAAUAAUCGAAAUAAGGAUAGGUUUAGUGAAAUUCUUAAGCGAUUAAUUGAGAAACAACCUUAUGUACUUAUUUCAAAUUUGGUAUUUGCAUUAAAAUAUUCAAAAUCCGCAUUUUAUGCUCUUGUUAAAUCUAAACAGUUGAUCACUGCGGCUGCAAAAGAGUAUGAUGGAGAGAAAAGUUUUCUGAAUUAUAAAACAAGGGGUUCAUAUAGCUCAAAAAAGACACUGUCUUCUACAGCUGCUCGCUGA